UGUUGGGUGGUGGUGGGAUGGGUGGACAGUUUGGUGGGAUGUGGGCGUGCGAGAUGCGGGGUGGGUUGUUCUUUUGUGCUUUUGGGUGGUGGCCUUUUGAGGGGAGAGUGGAGUCUGGAAGGGUCCGUCUGUGCAUCCAUGGCAGUCACGGAGGACGCGUGCAUACGAGGGUCAACGAACGCGUCGCCCAGUCUUCCCCAACGCAGACGGCCUCAGCAGCAAACGCAUAUUCCCACGCACAGAUACUCCCGGCGCUAUCACAGAACCCUAUAGCCAAGUAGCAGGGUCGCCGGCUUCUGUCUGGCUGCGGGCCACCACUACCCACUCCAUCACGCACACGCCGCACUCCGCCCAGGCAUCUUCGCAAGCAUGUUGGGCAAGAAAAAGGACAAACCCGGCUCCCAGCCCUCGGGAAAGGCAGCAAAGGCAAAGAAAUCUAUCAACGCUCUCAUCCUAGCGUCCGGAACGCUAGCAACCCCCUCCUUCCCCUCCUUCUUCCAAACCAUCAAAAUGCACCUCCGGCCUCGCACCAAAGCCGACAGUCAGCCCGUGGUGUUUAAUCCGACCAGUAUAUCCCAACACCAGCAUCAACAGCAACAGCAGCAGCAGCAAAGGGGAACGAAUGUACAGCCGCUGGGAGCGAAUAGGAGAGCGCAUAGCAUGAGUGUGCUGGCGACGGAGAAGGCCGUCAUGGAUGUGGGCAGGAGUGUUCCGGACGGGGCGAGAGGGCUGCCUGCGCCGGGAAGGAGUGGGAUUGCAGACGAAAUCAAGGCGAAGCCUAACGUCGUGGGGACGGAGACCAUAUCAAAUGCCGAGACAACGCACGCGUCAAAUCCAUCCAUACCCGCUGCUGCGACGUCCAGCGAUUCACCGCAUAAUGCACCACCGUCGCGGAUGCUAGCCAUCGCCAAAUCCGGAGACCCACCCCACCCCACCCCCACAACCUCAGACUCAGACGACCUCGACUUCGACGCCGAAUUCGGCUUCACAGACAUCUCCACCCCCACCCCUCUCAAAUUCGCCGACCCUCCCAUGCUCCUCACACCCCCACUUACCCCCCACCCACCCCUCGAGAUGCGUACCCCAAAGAAUCCCUCACAACCAAAAGCAGCCGACCGCAAAAUCUCUCCCCGCCGUCGCAUCCAAUCCGCCCCAACCGCCUCCUUAGCCUUACAGGACGACUCCCUCCUCCUCGACACGAACGAUGAGGACGACGACUGGGACGAGGACAGAUGGUUCGUGGCCUCUGUCAAAGCCAAAGCGUCGCGACAACUUGGGUCGGCUGCGGGACGAGGUGGGGGAAUGGUCGGCGCGAAUGACGAGGAGGAUGAGGAGAAACAGGGGAAUCUAGAAAGCUGGGACGCGGAUUUUGAUAACACCGACGCAGACGCAGAAACCGCGUUGAGGAUCCCAGACACCGUCCGCGAUCUCCAAUCCCACCUCAAAUCCGACGCCAUCAACCUCAAAAAAUUCGCCCUACACAUCGAAGACCUAAAACUCCUCCUCAACGACGCCCUCGACAUCUCCUCCGCCCUCCCUGCCCGCACCCUCUCCCACCUCCAAAAGCCGUACGCCCCCACCUUCGCCCGCGCGCACCUCCUCAUCGCCCUCGGAUCCUACGCCGACGACGGGGUGGACAAACUCACGCCCACCGACCACGACAUGUCGCUCCUUUGCGAGAUGUUGGUCACCGGUCCGGCGGGCGAUAAACGGGGCGGUGAUGGCCGGUUAAGCGAGGAAGCGGAGAGGGAUGUGAAACGGAUGAUGGUUGGCAAUGGGGACGUGUUGCAGUUUGGCGUGGAGCUGAUGCCGGCGUUGAUGAGGCAUAUGGGCCCUGUGAAGGAGGGGUUGAGGCGGUUUGUGGACGAGGUCAGGGGGGAGGUUGUGAGGGGUGCCGGGGUCUGAUGUGGGAGGUGGACUUUUCGAGCAGUGUUGACGGAAGAUGAAAGGAGGGACUG